AUGCCAGUCCUCGGUCGCAUCUCGUCCAACAGGGACAACGGCGCCAUCUACUCUGGCUGUGCCACCGUCCGCAAACCCCGCCUCACUGGCAUCGGCAAGGCGCCCAACCGCUCCCGCCUGUUCUCGGGCACGCACGCCGAGAAAGCCGCCAAGAUCCUGCGGGCGUACCGCAAGGCCUCUCUGCGCAAAGACCCGCGCCUCCCCGCCGCUCUCGCUGCUACCAAAGUCGCUCACCAGCCCAUUCCCGAGGCCGCAGCCCAGGGCGCCACCGCCGCCGCCGCCGCCGCACCCGUCCUGGCCGACUCACAGGUCUCCGUCAACGGCUUUAUCAUCCGCGACCACAAGGGUAGAGUCCUACGGGUCCCCAAGUACCUCCCAAAGCACCCCAUUGCCCCCAACCCUCACAUGACCAUGUUGGACGGCACUGUUGUGUCUACCCUCUACGUCCAGGACUGCCUCGCUCCUCUCCUCCAGCGUAUCUACAGCUUUGGCACCUACUUUCAGCCCUUUCCCCACGUCCCUUCGCCACCCACGCCCGACUCAGCAAUGGCCGACGGGCUGCGAAAGUCGUUCGCCUGGGGCGUUCCCUACAUCAUCAACGGACACGACUUGGAGGGCACACUGGCCGCCACUGUGCGCCCAUUCCAGCCUGAUGUGUGCCUGGCAGUUCGUAAGCGCGGUGACAAGGACGGCGCCUUCCACAUGACUGCCAUCAACUACACUGUCUACGCUGCCUUCUUCGCCUACUUCCCCCGCCGUUUUAACAUCGCCCCCUCAGUCCUCUUGACUGACGCCAUCACGAAGCGUGUGGGCAACAUCGAGAGCUCACCGUUGUCGACUUGUGAGGAGGCCCCGCACGUCGACGACAUGGAGGCCAUCAGCCACUCUGAGCACGACGGGUCCUCUUCAAUCUCUAGCGCCUCUGUAGUCGCAUCCCUUGAGAUCGGCGAGCACAUCCACCUCCCCAUCUUGGCUCUCGAGCUGCCAGACCCCGAAACAAUGCCGCUCAUCCACGAGCGUGUCCACCAUCCAUUUACCAAGUGGCAGCCUGCCCUCCUCGGCCUGAACCUCCACCAGGCCAUCACCCCAGAGGCAGCCCAGACUUACCUGGCCAAACGCAGCCUCCGAGAGCUCUGUAAAGUCCUCGCCACGAUCCAGGGUGUCUGGAAGAACAUCUCGGCCCUGGGCUUGGAGAACGACCCAAUGUGGCGCGAGCUGGGCAGCGCGUACCACAUUGUCAUGUCCAUCAUCCUUGACCGUGUGCCCAAGCAGCAGUCCUCGACAGCAUAG